UCUGUGUGUGUGCGUGUUUUCCUCUCAGAUAUGGAUGAGUGUCUGUCGGGGCCCUGUAAACACGGAGGAACAUGUGAGGACCAGCCGGGUUCCUACUACUGCCACUGCCAACACGGCUUCAGAGGACAAGACUGUGAGAUCGAGCAGGACAGAUGUGAGUCCAGCCCCUGUUUGAACGGCGGUGUGUGUCGGGGCUCCAGGAACAACUACCUGUGUGUGUGUAAAGAAGGGUUCUUGGGGGACCGCUGCCAGUCAUUGGAGAAUCCCUGUGUACUGCAGCCGUGUGGGAACAGAGGCCUCUGCCAUAGUGACAGGAAAGGGAACUACAGCUGUACUUGCAAAGUGGGUCACACAGGCAAGGACUGUGAGAGAGACCUGUUGCCUCCCUCUGGUCUGCAUGUACUACGGGUGGAGGAGGAUGAGGUGGAGCUGCGCUGGGACCUGCCGGACCCCUCGUCUCAGAGCCUG